GUGCUGCAUCCAUUGCUGCCUGGAUUGGUGCAUAAUUUUGCAUUUUUACCGAAUAAAAUAGCCGAAUAGUUAAUCAUGAACGAAAGUACAAUUUACAAGAUACUUCCGGUGCUGCUAUGUGCCCUGUCAAUUCCGUUGUCCAUGUUCAUGUGGAUUGGAAAUAUAGCUUACUCCAAACUUGCUAGCGAUAAUCAAGAUAACGUGAUUCCCCCGACAAGAUGGCUGUUCUCCAUCCUGAUGCCGAUUCUGCUUAUGCUGUACGGACUGAAGCGAAAAGGGGUGAACAAAUCCGGUGCUGCGUUGGGACUUCUAUGUGCCAUCAUACUGUCCAUCUCCUCGCACGCUUUCCUUGCCUGUUUGGCAACAUUUUUCUUCAGCUCCAGCAGGGCAACAAAAUUCCGGUCACAUAUGAAGCGGAAAAUCGAAGAGGAUUUCAAAGGAGGUGAAGGUCGACGGAACUGGGCUCAGGUUAUCUGUAACGCCGGGAUGGCUACACAAUUGGCUUUAUUGUAUUUGUUGGAUUGUGGCUACGGGGAGCGUCCGAUCGAUUUUGGCCAGCUUUACCGUUCGAGUUGGUUGGGAGUUGGAAUUAUGAGCGCGUUUGCUUGCUCGAAUGGAGAUACGUGGGCAAGUGAACUGGGCACGGUUUUGUCGAAGGGAGAUCCGUUUUUGAUCACCAGUAGGAAACGUGUUCCACGGGGAACCAAUGGUGGUGUGUCGUUUAUCGGGUUGGUGGUGAGCUUUUUGGGUGGGCUAGCGAUAGGGUUGUCCUACUAUUUGACAAUUCGGUACACAGUUGAUUCAAAGAUCCUUUCGCACAGCCCCAACCAAUGGCCGAUCAUUGUGUUCGGGGGAGUGGCUGGCUUGGUUGGUUCGAUUGUGGAUUCCGUUAUUGGUGCCACGCUGCAGUAUUCGGGAAUCGAUGCCAGUGGGAAGGUUGUGGAGCGACCCGGCAAGGAUGUCCGGUACAUUUCUGGAGUGAGAAUCUUGGACAAUCACAGUGUUAAUCUCAUUAGUAGCAUUAUCACCGCACUGCUGAUGCCAACCGUGGCAAUGCAAUUUUGGAACAUGUUUUGACGGAGGAAAGGUCCUCAAC